AAUAUGGAACAAUAACCUGAAGGGAGUUAAGAAAGCGCUGUUAAGAAAGAAUACCUGCUUUCUAAUUCCCCAAAAGGAGCCUUGGAAAGCUACGGGGCUUUUUGCGUUUCACCAUUGAGAAGGACACGAGAAGAAAGUGAGGAACAACUUAUCGCCUGGGAAGGUGGAAAUUGGCCAGAGAAAGUGGGAACGUGCAUGAGAAAUCUAGGGUUGUUUAGAGAAAACCAGGAACAUGACCACCACUUGUCUGUCUCGCGAGGAUGAGAGAAAUGAACAGCGCCUCAAUGGUUACCUGAAGUGGUGGCGUUCUACGCCAUCUUAUGACCCCUCAGUCCCCAUUCAGCAGAAACCUGCUGUUUCUCUCAGAAAACACCAGUGAUGUUGAGAAAAGGCGAAAAAUCUCUGACUCUCGUAUAUCCACGGCAUGAAUGCGUAGGCCUCUUUGUCCUCCCAUUUGAAAUCAGGCCAAAAGCAUGGGGAUAGAUACAUGACCCUCAAUCUCAAUUCACUUUUAGGCUUAUUCACUGAAUUGAAACAAAUUUGAGAGAUGUAGAAAUUUUAUGUGUCUUUAAAAUCUAAACCAAACCAAAAGAAAAAACUACGGAAGAGGGACUGAAUGUCCAAAGUGGGGCUGGGGGGAGGAAUGGCAGGCAACUAUUUGGGUUGUCAAAUUCACCCACAUUAUUAAUUGACAUAAUGCAUGCUGCCUCUUUGUCAAGUCAUCCUGCAGCUGCAAUAAUUCAUCAGAGAGCCAGGAAAUGCUCCAAGUGAAGGUAUCUUUAUUUAGAGCAAACUCCGACCUGUUUUAUUCUCUUCUCUCUUCUUUCUUUGCUUGUGCGUGCGGUAGGUGGGAUUGUGGUUCCACUCCGGUGUUUUGCCGUUGAUUUCGCUUGGGCCGAGGUUAUUCCCUGGGCAGGCUCCUUGCAAUGUAGUGAGGGCUCUUUGUUUUUCUCCUUAGGUGAUGGCCAUCGCCACUCUGGCCGCCUGCUAUAACAACAAGCAGGUGUUCAGGGGCGUAGUGAAGAUCCGGAAGGGACAAGCCGUCACUCUGAUGAUGGAUGCCACAAACAUACAGGCUGUCAAAGCCAUCAUGUACCAGUAUGUGGAAGAGAUCUACCAGAAGAUCCCCAGCACGGACCCUUCGUCCAACAAGACGCAGCAGAUCAUCGCCUCCAUCCGCGCCAUGAGCCUGCCCGGCGGCCCCAUGGCCUCGCGCCACCACUACUCCCCCAUCUACCUGUCGUGCGCCAUGCUGCUGGCCGCCCUCAGCUGGCAGUACCUCAGCACCAUCUCCAAGGCCGCCGAAGAGUACGUCCAGGCGGGCGAGAACUGAAGGGCGGGCAGGCGGUGGGAGAGAAGAGAUGGUCGGCGGACGGGCAGCAGAGGCGGGAGGCUCCUUGCCCCUGCUGGUGGGGACAGCCGGGUGCCACCGGGCCCGCGGGCGGUGAUGAGGACGGGACGCCGGUGGCCUGGAGCCCCUGGGGGGACAGCAUGGCGUCGCCAGGCUCCGCUCCUCACCUCUCUUGCUGCCUGCGUGGCUGGUUGCAAGCACCAAUCGGAGUCUUACUGUUUGGGGUUGAAUUUGGAUUUUGGUUUUUCCCUCCUUUCCUGUUGGACAGUUUACCUGAUUACUACCGAUUGGAUUUUUCUUUUUUUUUUUUUUUGGUUAGGAUGGUUGAAAUAGAAACUCCAGUUGCCUCUUUUCUUGCUUGAGAUUUGAGACCCCUUUCCAGCUCAGAGCCGUGGGACGGGAGCCUUUUCUGGGUUUGGCCUCCCUUUCUUACACAGCCCCUUUUCCCCACGCGGAGGGCUCUGGCUUCAGCCAGGAGGCACUGCACUUAGCCAGCAGAAAGCUCUGGCCAUCUUCUGGCCACCAGCCCGGGCUGGUUGCCCUCCUGGCACCUGGAACCAGGGGCGAUCUUCACCUUUCUGUCGUUGUAUUUGAGGAGGCUGCUAGGCUUCAAACGAGCCCUUUCCUUGCUCAGUGUCGGAGGCGUGCUGCUCUGGCUGCUGGAACGUGCACCCUGCCCAAAGCCGGCUCUUGCAGCUCCUUCGUACAGGUGGCACUGUGCGUUGCAAAGCUUUGGGUUUUAGCAGCUGGGGAGGUGGUGAAAGGGAGUGGGAAGGAGUUGCCCUGGGCUAAUGUGAGCACAGCCACCCACCUUUGCUGCAUGCUCUGGGCUCUGCACUUUUGUAGCCCAGAGGGAGCUCGGGGUGGCCCAGGCGGGUUUUCCUGGCCCACUUGGCUGCAGCUCGGGGUGCUGCGAGUGAGUCUGACGUGCAAACUGGAAGAGCUUUCCACUGCUGCUUCGAAACCCAUCAGCCUGGACUUCAAGCAGGCUGCGUUCCCACAGGGAACGCCAGGGGUGGGAAGAGGAAACGACUUUCAAGUCCUGUUUUCCUGGAUUUUUGCUUUCAGUCACCCUAAUCCCUCACUGCUGCUUUGGCUGUGUGAUGGGGGGGGGACAGCCUGGGGCAGGACAGGGCAAAGCCUACCCCUACCAGGGGCGUUUGGUGGCCUUUGCAAGGCCAAGCCUGUGUGGCCAGACUGUUACUUGGAGGAAGCAGCCCUGCUCCACGAGUACCUAUGUAGAUAGUUUUAAGCUGUUGUUCAAAAACCUUGCGGUAGCUCCCUUUGUGCAGCUUCCUGUUGUUGACAUUAAAGUUUUCUUUGGAAAAAAAAAAAAAAAAA